AUAAGUAUUAUUCUACUUCAGAAUGAGUACUACCUGAAUCUACUACGUAUCAUUUAAAGAUUUAAUUCGUUCAUGAUGAUAAAUCAUGUCAACUUGGGAUGUGAUCCAACUCGAAAUAAAGCGGACGAUGUCACACCAGGGGAUCUGGUCGGAGCGACCGAGCUUCUCCGACGAAGAACUCUCUCCUGUUCCUUCAAGUUUUUACAGAGGCUAUGAAGCUGCUCUCGGAAGGCCGAUGGGCGGCGCAUCGGAGGAAUCCAAAUCGCCGAGAGACACACAGAAGGUCAUGGGCACCCAUACUGCGUCUACGGCGGACGGAUCUUGCGUAAAAGAUGUUGUGCAAUUCUUUUUGAAAAUUGGCCAUUCCCAGCAGCGCUAUGAGAAGGAGUCACGGAGCACAUCCAAGGUGCUUGAUGAAAUGUCCCAACCAUUCCAGCAGAGGUCCAAAUCUAUAGCCCCUUUUGGUGGAAUCUAAUUUGCCAAAAUGGCAUCAUCUUUCAGAGUUUUUGCCAACAAAAGAAUUCUGAGUUUUUGUUUUUUAAAUGUGAGAAUUGUCCUUUUCAUGUUCUCUUCUUCCUCAGGAUUAGUGACUUCUAAUAACACUUUCAGUUCUUG